CCAUUCUGGUUGAACAUCGGCUCGUUUGAAAAGGGACCGAUGCAGCGCCCGACCGCUGCACCGAGGCCGUCGUUUGAGAACGCAUGGCCAAGAACCACCCGCGCGGGGUUCGUGGUGAACUGUGAGGGCCACGUGGACGUGGGGUCGCACACGGAGUACAGGUUCCGUGUGCGCCACUCUGGCGGGUGCGAGUGGACCAUCAAGAGGCGCUACACGGAGCUCUACGACCUCCACGAGCGGCUCAUGGCCGUGUUCGGGGCCGGGAGGCUGCCCGACUUCCCCCCCAAGACGCCCUUGUCCGCGGGCACCAUCGGGAGGCUGUUUGGACAGCCGACCGGCAGCCGUCCCGAGGUCGUGGCCCAGCGUCGGGUGGAUUUCCAGAAGUACUUCGACCGCUUGUGCGACAACCAGGAGGUCACGAGGACCGCGUGCUUUCAGAAGGCCCUCGGGGUCACCACGCCGGCGCCCGUGUCGGGCCUUCGGGUCGUCCGCUGGAGCUCCACCAACGAGAAGGAGGGGCUGGUCGCGGAGCUCGAGAUAUGGCCCGCGGGCGCGGCGGGCGUGGAGGCCGGGCGCCUCGCGGAAACGUACCACGUGGUUGCCAGCCUGGUGUUCCAGGACCGCUCCAGCGGGCAGGAGGAGUUGGGGCCCGUGGCCGACGAGGAGGUGCCCGCGGGCGCCACGUCGGUGCCCGUGGAGGGGCUGAAGCCGAGCGCGGAGGUUGAGCUGACCGUCUGUGCCGUGAACGCGGUGGCCAGGUCCGUCCCGGUUUCCAGACGGCUCCGUGUACCCCAGAGCGCGCAGUCGCCCUCCGCGGCCACGUCGCCCGCGCUGGGCCCCGCUUCCCGGCUGCCCGCUGGCUCGCCGGAGGCCCUGCAGCUCGAGACCGCGAGGCAGAUGGAGCAGUUCCGCUCGCAGCGCGAGGGCCUCGCGGAGCUGGAGCAGAUGCCGACGGCGAGCUUCUCCGAGCCGAUGCCGGCGGGGACCUUCUCCGAGCACUUGCCGAGCGAGACCUUCUCCGACGCCAGCGGCUUGCGGGCGGGCGAGAGCCCACCUCUGGGGACCUUCUCCGACGCUGGCGCCCUGCUGGCUGGCGAGAGCCCGCUGGCAGAGGCCGAGUCCGACGCCGGCGGCUCGCCGGAGAGGGAGCUGAAAAGCCCAGGGCGCAGCUGGGGAGGCAGCAGCCACUUCCUGCCCUCGCCGGACGGCACCCCGGAGCCGUCGCCGCUGCCGUCUCCGCGCCUCUCCGCCGCGGAUGAGGAGAGCUCCAGCGGCGCCAGGAGGACCUCGACAGGCAGUGGGCAGAGCUCCGGCAGGCCCAGGGCGAGGUGGAGCGCCGCUCCGAGGAGGCCGCCCGCCUCACCAGGGAGGCGCAGUCCCAGCAGGAGGUGCUGGAGCGGAGGGUGCGGGAGCUGA